UCUUGUCUUUCGUAACAAUAUAAAUAAUAUAGACUUCAAAGAUUUUAAAAAGAUCUAUAAUUCCAAAUUUCCAAGAAUCGUGUUCAUCUUCAGCUCUCCAAACUAAUACCAUCUAAAUGGCUCAGCAGUAUUAUCAGCAAAACGAAAUGAAGCAGACAUUGAGCGAGAAACCGUACGUGACGGCGCCACCACCGAUGGGUUACCCGGUGAUGAUGAGUGGCUCUCCCAAAACUGUGCAUCAUCAGACGCAGAACAAAGGCAGUGGUGGAUUUUUACGUGGAUGUUUGGCUGCAAUGUGCUGCUGCUGCGUUUUGGAUUGUGUCUUCUAGGCUACGGAUCUGUUUUGUCUUUUGAAUUCUGCAAAUGUUCUUUGUAAAUCAUUUGUUUUGUGUUCUGAACAUAUAUAUGAUUGGUGUUUUUUUAAAAUAUAUGAUUGGUGUUAAU